AUGGUGGCAGCGGUUCACAAGCUCCGGAAUACUAGCAGUGUAGUGGUUGCCAACACACUAAGUGCAUCAUUCAGCUUCUUCGGAGUACCAGAGCUGAUAAUAUCGGACAACGGACCUCAAUAUGCUGGCCAGCCAUUUCGAGACAUGUGUAAAAAAUGGGGGAUCGAACACACAACCUCAUCACCCCGGUACCCCCGGUCCAACGGGAUGGCAGAGAGGAACGUGAGGACGAUAAAGGGAAUCAUGAAGAAGUGCAGAGAGACCGGUCAGGGCACCCAGGUUGCACUCCUCCACUACCGGGCCACUCCUUUGGGAUCAAAUAUACCUUCACCGGCAGAACUCCUACUUGGACGGCAAAUCAGGACCACUUUGCCAAGCCAUCUGUCAAACCCGAGAAACACCGACGAGGUCCAAGAAAAUAUGCGUCAGAGGCAGGUGAGGAUGAAAGAAGAACAUGACAGGACGGCUGGACCCAUCCUCGCACCACUCCGUGUGGACCAGAGAGUGAGGGUCUUGGAUGAACGAAAAUGCUGGAUACCCGCCAGGGUGUCCAGGAUAUGUGAGGAGCGGAACUCAUAUGUGGUGGAGACACCAAACAGGUCCUCCUUACGGAGGAACAGGUCCCAUCUCAGGGAAUUGCACAAACCAUCCACUAGCACCUCCAUUCAGGAUGAAGGAAUAGUGAGCCCUGUACGAAGGCGUGUGAGCUUCGUGGAGGAUGAAACACAGUCAUCGGCCGAUCCAAACACACCACCUACCCCACACAAGAACACACACCCAAGCGUUACAUCUACCAGGUCUGGUAGAAUGAUCAGAAAGCCACAACGCUAUCAGGACUACACCUAA